GAGUGCCUUUCUCUCAGUUUGGGCUGUGACUGAAUGUGUGGUGAUGAAAGACCCAUUUCAGCCGGAAACUUUGAAAAGAAACAGGGGGUUCGGUUUUGUCAAUUCGAAGAUCCGGCUGCAAGUGGAUCGCGUCGUGAAUCCACAACCACUCACCCCCUGGACGAAAAGACGAUUGACCCCAAAAGACUCAGAAGAAUCGCAGGGUGUAAAGGACACAGACAAGAAGGUCUUCAUUGGAGGGCUGGCCAGUACAACAACUGAAGAGCAGGUCAAGGACUACUUCAACACGCAGUAUGGCGGAGUGGUCGAAGUUGUGUUCAAAAUGGACGGCAAAACGCAGCGAAAAAGAGGUCAGUAAUGUUAAAAGAAAACGUGUUUUUCCUCCACCUCACUAUUGCUAUAUAUACUGUGUAGCUUUAUCUGUGGGCAUACUAAAGUAUUUUCAUGAGUGACCCACUGUCCAAAAUUAACAUGAAAUGCAAAAAUCGCCUCCACCACACAUCUUUAGGUUUGAAAAACGCUCAGAUAUGUCGGCCGUAGAAGAGUAUUGUAUCAUUAGCUGUUAACAUGUUUACUAACUUUACCUAAGAUUAUGUACUUGUCUCCCAACCAUGCCUACAUACAUGUACCUACCUACGUCAUCUACCUACUCCCCACCUACCUACUGUACCUAUGACGACCGUACCCAUGGCUACCGUAUCUAUGGCAACCGCGCCCAUGGUGACGACACCUACAGGGUUUGGAUUUGUUGUAUUCGAGUCGGUUGAAUACGUGGCAAAGGUGUUGCAGGUCCAGUAUCACGAAAUCGACGGCAAAAAGGUUUUGAAGUAAUCCUACAAUCACACAGCACACACACACACCAUCAUUUUUGAAUUAAUGUGUGUUGAUAUUAAUAAAAUUGUACACCAUCUUGACCUCUCUAUCCAUUGUAGUAGUAGACGUGUCAAACACACUGUAACCGGUUUUCUGUUGGUGCUCAAUCUUUCUACCUCUCUUACCACCUCUCUCUCUCUUUCCACAUCCUCUUUCCCUACCUUCUCUCUCUCUCUCUCUCUAUCUCUCUCUCUCCUGAAGGUCGAAACUAAGAAGGCUGAACCACGAAGCAACACAGCUAGUGCAAUGCGAUUGAAUCCAACUAUGGGCUUCUUUCCUGGGCCAUACGGAGGACCUGACUAUUCAGGAGGCAAUGGUCACUAUGGAGGACAGUGGGGACCAGCUGCCAAUCAGCAAUACUACAGCACAACUUACCCUACUCCUCAUCCAGGCUAUGGACCUCAGUACAGUACCGGAGGGAGCUACCCGUAUGACCACUCUGGCUAUCCUCGAACUCAGACCUCAGCUGGAGACAGACCGGCUGACCCUCACCAGUCCUACUACCAGACACAACACACCUACGGUCAGCAGCAGCCAGGAGUAGGAGGAGGAGCAGGGGUAGGGGGAUACGGUCAUGAAAAUGGAGGAUACAACUCGCAGGGAAGGGGAGGAUUUUCUGGAGGAGGCCAUGGCGGAUACAGGCAGCAUUCUGGAGGCUAUGGAAGAGGAGGUGGAGGUGCUAUGCAGCAGCAACAGCAGCAAUAUUGUACUACUGGCACCUACCAUCACUAAUCAUGUGAUGAAUGAAGCCACACUCAACCGGUUGCUACUAGAAACAAUCUCCCGACCCAAUGCUAUUCCCUAUUUCUCGUGACAAAAUAUUUUU